CUAGUUUGUGCCAGGAACACGGCCGUGCAGCGGCACAAAAUCGAAGUCUUGGGGACUUCUACUCACCGGGUGUGUGGAUCAAAAUGGACUCAGGCAAAGGUCCAACGAAGAAUCAUGGUUCCGCGAAACACGGGAUGGCCCGACCGGCGUCGUCGGAUGCACCCGUCCUUUCGCAUGACAGCGAGCAGUUGGAUGCACAGGAAACCCAGUUGUUGACAUGCCACGGAUCCGAGAGAGUGUCGUCUUUACCAAGCAUAUCGGAACGUGAGACAACGUGUGAGGACAGCUGCAAGAUGUCUGCAAGCAAGUUCCUUCUGGGUGACCCCUACAAAAUUGAGGACGUUGACAUUGUGUCCUCGUCACGACCCCUGAAGAAACACGUGGAUAGAAGAACCUGUUCAGUGCCCAACUUCUCAACGCAAGGUGAAUCGGAGCUUCAAUCAUUUCAUGACGGUGCUGAAUACUUCACUCGUACUGAACUUAGCCUACUUUCAAGGCGCGAAGACUUGACGUAUCCGGAGCGUGAUGCAGUGGAGGCUUUCCGUGUGUCGUACUGUACCGGACCGCUAACGAGUAACUCACUUUCUAACGCUCACAUAACUGAAACGAGCCGCAGUGUAGGGGUACUGCCUAGUGUAAAAGCCACAACGAGACGUACAAGCCAAGGUACCGCACAGACCUCUGCAACGUCUUCCACGCCGUACAUCAAGGGAGUUCGACGCAGGAUGACAGUAGAGACUGUGACGACUACCGUCACGGAUAGGAAAGAAAGCAUCAAAACUGUUACCCACACGAACACGGGACUUCAAGAAACGGAUGCACAUGCAGAUGAGGUAAAGAAAAUUGAUGAAAGAAGAAAGCGCCAGGAGGAAGUAUUAGAAACGUACGGGUCCGUGCCGGAGGCUGCUGCUCACGAAGUACCACCAGCAGCACAGCCAAAGGAAGCUUCUACUGCAGCGCCAACAACCAAAGUAGAGACUGGCACGGCACUGCCCUCCCACAUGUUGAAGCCGGAGAAGGUAGCGCAGGCUUCGCAUUCCGACGAGAAAUUAAAAAAGCUAGAGUUUCAGGAGGCCGAAGACAGACCAUCGAAGGAACAGAAGGCAUCUGUUAGUGGAGACGAGGAUGAAGACGUUAUGGAGGAACCCCCACCAUCGCGUUUUAAGAGUUUUAGGCGAAAAGAUUCCAUCGCUGUGACUAAACUCCGAAUGAUGAAACAGCAAGAAGAAGGAGCGAAUAAAUAUGAUGAGGAAGAAGAGGAGGAGGAGGAGGAUGAACAUGAAGGCGACACGAGACGUCCCACCUUCAGAGCCCCUACUGUUAUUGAAGAACCAACUGAAGAGGAGCCCAAGAGAACUCCAGGUAUUUCAGAGCUUGACAUGGCUCGCUUAGCAGCGAUUAGUGAAAGGGCUGCCAAGGAAGCCUCUGCGGAAGAGGAAUCGCCUGAAAUUACUGAGUCGCCGACCGAAAUGGAACCACAACUUCCGACUGCAGAAACUUCGGAUAAUUUACCCCCAGUGAGUACCCACAAGGACAGAGGUGAGGUGACUACAGAAGGCGUGCCUGAGAAACCCGAUAUUGCGACACAUGCGCAGGCUGCUGUGGAUGUAACUACAGCUGGUGUUGGUGUAGUGGAAGAAGCACUUCCUUCUACAGUCGAGCUGGUGCACCCGGAGCGUGCUGUGGAAGAACCGACUGCAAAAUUAAUUGCAGCAAUUCUGCCCGAUAAAGACGUAGUAGUAGCUCCAAAGCCGGUUGCGGAAGCUCAAAAGCAAUAUGAUCUGGAGCAGCAAAAAAUUCAAGAAAUAGUGGGGGUAGAUGAAACCGAUGAAGCUAGAAGAAAAUAUGUUACUGAGGGCGUACAGCCACCUCCAGAAACUUGGGUUGUAGAAGCUGUAGGCGUAACCGUACCAGUGCAACACGAAGAUGCAGUUCCUAAGGAAGUACUUCAAGAAGAAGCACGGGAAGACCAGCUAGUACCAAGAGAAAAACUUUUGACAGAAGCAGCUGAAGAACCCGUUGUGCAACCUCUUAGUACGCAACUUGUGGAAUACCAAAGUGAACCCGCGGUUGAAAUGAGCAGGGACAUUAAAUCUCAAGAGCUAACCGCUAUAAAGGAACCUCCUCCGAAAGAUGUUCCAGGUGCAGCGGAUGAAACAAAAAAGCACAAACUCCCACAUGAGGACGGCAUAUUAUCUCCCAAAGAUGGACGGCCUAGAUCGCGCAGAGGGUCGAAGAGAACGUUGUCUCCCACUGGCCAUGAACAGAAGCGUGUAUCAUCAAGAAGGUCUUCAGGUGCGACCUCCCUCGUUUUAUAUCAACCACCUUCAGAAGCGAAGGAGGACGAGGGAUUAGACAAAGCGAAGACAGAGGCACUCAUAACGCCAACUGUCCAACAGCGAAAACCAUCCUUGCUGAAACCUGAUGAGGAUGCCACAGAAAAACUCAAACAUGGUUUUAAGCUCCCUGAAAAGCCUCCGGAUGCGUCUGUAGCUGAAUACACGACAGGAUCUGCAGGAGAGGAGUUGAAAGCAGGUCCGCCACCAGAGACUACUGCACAGAAAGUCAGCAAACCUGAUGAAAAAUUAACACUACAAGACGAAACAAAAGUGGAAGUUCCUCAAAAAACAACGCCGUCCGAAACGUCCUUGGAAGAAUAUGGGGCAGGCUUAGUAGAAGAUGUGGAGCGAAAAGUGGAAGAGGGACUAUCAAAAGGGAAAACUGUCGAGAAAGUCGCUGAAAGGCCGUCAGAAACGUCCCUUGUGGAACGAAGGCCGUCUUCCGCGGUAGUAGCACCUGAACCUGAAUUGCCCACAUCGCGCAAGGAGUCAAUAAGAAAGUUGUCUCUCAAAGAGGAAGCCGCAGAAAGACCGUCAGAAACGUCCCUUGUAGAACGAAGGCCGUCGUCUGUGGCAGUAGCACCUGAACAUGAACUGCGCACAUCGCGCAAGGAGUCAAUAAGAAAGCUGUCUCUCAAAGAGGAAGCCGCUGAAAGACCGUCAGAAACGUCCCUUGUCGAACGGAGGCCGUCGUCCGCUGCAGUUCCACCUGAACAUGAACUGCCCGCAUCGCGCAGAGAGUCAAUAAGAAAGUUGUCUCUCAAAGAGGAAGCCGCUGAAAGACCGUCAGAAACGUCCCUUGUGGAACGAAGGCCGUCGUCCCCUGCAGUUCCACCUGAACAUGAACUGCCCGCAUCGCGCAGAGAGUCAGUAAGAAAGUUGUCUCUCAAAGAGGAAGCCGCUGAAAGACCGUCAGAAACGUCCCUUGUGGAACGGAGGCCGUCGUCCCCUGCAGUUCCACCUGAACAUGAACUGCCCGCAUCGCGCAGAGAGUCAAUAAGAAAGUUGUCUCUCAAAGAGGAAGCCGCUGAGAGACCGUCAGAAACGUCCCUUGUGGAACGAAGGCCGUCGUCUGCUGCAGUUCUACCUGAACAAGUACUGCCCACACCGCGCAAGGAGUCAAUAAGAAGGUUGUCUCUCAAAGAGGAAGCCGCUGAAAGACCGUCAGAAAUGUCCCUUGUAGAACGAAGGCCGUCGUCUGCUGCAGUUCCACCUGAACAAGAACUGCCCACAUUGCGCAAGGAGUCAAUAAGAAAGUUGUCUCUCAAAGAGCAGACCCCUGAAACGUCAUCAGAAACGUCCCUCGUGGAACGAAGGCUGUCUUCCGCAGCAGUGGCACCUGAACAUGAAUUGCCCACAUCGCGCAAGGAGUCAAUACGAAAGUUGUCUCUCAAAGAGGAAGCCGCUGAAAGACCAUCAGAAACGUCCCUUGUGGAACGAAGGCCGUCGUCCGUGGCAGUGGCACCUGAACAUGAACUGCCCACAUCGCGCAAAGAGUCAAUAAGAAAGUUGUCUCUCAAAGAGGAAGCCGCUGAAAGACCGUCAGAAACGUCCCUUGUGGAACGAAGACCGUCGUCCGUGGCAGUGACACCUGAACAUGAACUGCCCGCAUCGCGCAAGGAGCCAAUAAGAAAGUUGUCUCUCAAAGAGCAGACCCCUGAAACGUCAUCAGAAACGUCCCUUGUGGAACGAAGGCCGUCUUCCGCGGCAGUGGCACCUGAGCAUGAACUGCCAACACCGCGCAAGGAGUCAGUAAGAAAAUUGUCACUCAAAGAGGAAGCCGCUGAAAGACCGUCAGAAACGUCCCUUGUAGAACGAAGGCCGUCGUCUGUGGCAGUAGCACCUGAACAUGAACUGCCCGCGUCGCGCAGAGAGUCAAUACGAAAGCUGUCUCUCAAAGAGGAAGCCACUGAAAGACCGUCCGAAACGUCCCUUGUGGAACGAAGGCCGUCGUCCGUGGCAGUAGCACCUGAACAUGAACUACCCGCGUCGCGCAGAGAGUCAAUAAGAAAGCCGUCUCUCAAAGAGGAAGCCGCUGAAAGACCGUCAGAAGCGUCCCUUGUGGAAAGAAGGCGGUCGUCGCUGGCAGUAGCACCUGAACAUGAACUGCCCACAUCGCGCAGAGGGUCAAUAAGAAAGUUGUCUCUCAAAGAGGAAGCCGCUGAAAAACCAUCAGAAACGUCCCUUGUGGAACGAAGGCCGUCGUCCGUGGCAGUGGCACCUGAACAUGAACUGCCCACAUCGCGCAGAGGGUCAAUAAGAAAGCCGUCUCUCAAAGAGGAAGCCGCUGAAAGACCGUCAGAAACGUCCCUUGUGGAAAGAAGGCGGUCGUCGCUGGCAGUAUCACCUGAACAUGAGCUGCCCACAUCGCGCAGAGGGUCAAUAAGAAAGUUGUCUCUCAAAGAGGAAGCCGCUGAAAAACCAUCAGAAACGUCCCUUGUGGAACGAAGGCCGUCGUCCGUGGCAGUGGCACCUGAACAUGAACUGCCCACAUCGCCCAGAGGGUCAAUAAGAAAGUUGUCUCUCAAAGAGGAAGCCGCAGAAAGACCGUCAGAAACGUCCCUUGUAGAACGAAGACCGUCGUCCGUGGCAGUGACACCUGAACAUGAACUGCCCGCAUCGCACAAGGAGCCAAUAAGAAAGUUGUCUCUCAAAGAGCAGACCCCUGAAACGUCAUCAGAAACGUCCCUUGUGGAACGAAGGCCGUCUUCCGCGGCAGUGGCACCUGAACAUGAACUGCCCGCGUCGCGCAGAGAGUCAAUACGAAAGCUGUCUCUCAAAGAGGAAGCCGCUGAAAGACCGUCAGAAACGUCCCUUGUGGAAAGAAGGCGGUCGUCGCUGGCAGUAUCACCUGAACAUGAACUGCCCACAUCGCGCAGAGGGUCAAUAAGAAAGUUGUCUCUCAAAGAGGAAGCCGCUGAAAAACCAUCAGAAACGUCCCUUGUGGAACGAAGGCCGUCGUCCGUGGCAGUGGCACCUGAACAUGAACUGCCCAUAUCGCCCAGAGGGUCAAUAAGAAAGUUGUCUCUCAAAGAGGAAGCCGCAGAAAGACCGUCAGAAACGUCCCUUGUAGAACGAAGACCGUCGUCCGUGGCAGUGACACCUGAACAUGAACUGCCCGCAUCGCACAAGGAGCCAAUAAGAAAGUUGUCUCUCAAAGAGCAGACCCCUGAAACGUCAUCAGAAACGUCCCUUGUGGAACGAAGGCCGUCUUCCGCGGCAGUGGCACCUGAACAUGAACUGCCCGCGUCGCGCAGAGAGUCAAUACGAAAGCUGUCUCUCAAAGAGGAAGCCGCUGAAAGACCGUCUGAAACGUCCCUUGUGGAACGAAGGCCGUCGUCCCUGGCAGUAGCACCUGAACAUGAACUACCCGCGUCGCGCAGAGAGUCAAUAAGAAAGCUGUCUCUCAAAGAGGAAGCCGCUGAAAGACCGUCAGAAACGUCCCUUGUGGAAAGAAGGCGGUCGUCGCUGGCAGUAGCACCUGAACAUGAACUGCCCACAUCGCGCAGAGGGUCAAUAAGAAAGUUGUCCCUCAAAGUGGACGGCGCUGAAAAACCGUCAGAAACAUCGCUUGUGGAACGAAGGCCGUCUUCCGCGGCAGUGGCAGCUGAACAUGAACUGCCCACAUCGCGCAAGGAGUCAAUAAGAAAGUUGCCUCUCAAAGAAGAAGCCGCUGAAAGACCAUCAGAAACGUCCCUUGUAGAACGAAGGCCGUCGUCUGUGGCAGUAGCACCUGAACAUGAACUGCCCAUAUCGCGCAUGGAGUCAAUAAGAAAGUUGUCUCUCAAAGGGCAGAUCCCUGAAACGUCAUCAGAAACGUCCCUUGUGGAACGAAGGCCGUCUUCCGCGGCAGUGGCACCUGAACAUGAACUGCCCACAUCGCGCAAGGAGUCAAUAAGAAAGUUGCCUUUCAAAGAGGAAGCCGCUGAAAGACCGUCGGAAAUGUCCCUUGUAGAACGAAGGUCGUCGACCGCCGAAAUAGCACCUGAACAUGAACUGCCCACAUCGCGCAAGGAGUCAAUAAGAAAGUUGUCUGCCAAAGAGCAGACCCCUGAAACGUCAUCAGAAACGUCCCUCGUGGAACGAAGGCCGUCUUCCGCGGCAGUGGCACCUGAACAUGAACUGCCCACAUCGCGCAAGGAGUCAAUAAGAAAGCUGUCUCCCAAAGAGGAAGCCGCUGAAAGACCGUCAGAAAUGUCCCUUGUAGAACGAAGGCCGUCGUCCGUGGCAGUAGCACCAGAACAUGAACUGCCCGCAUCGCGCAGAGAGUCAAUAAGAAAGUUGUCUCUCAAAGAGCGGACCCCUGAAACGUCAUCAGAAACGUCCCUCGUGGAACGAAGGCCGUCGUCCGUGGCAGUGGCGCCUGCACAUGAACUGCCUGCAUCGCGCAGGGGGUCAAUCAGAAAGUUCUCUCUCAAAGAGCAAGCACCUCAAAUACCGUCGGAAACCUCCCUUGUGGAACGGAGGCCGUCGUCUGCGGCAGUAGCACCUGAACAUGAACUACCCGCAUCGCGGAGAGGGUCUAGGAGAAAGUCGUCUCUCAAAGAGCAAGCUGCUGAGAUACCUUCAGAAACGCCCCUCGUGGAACGGAGGCGGUCGUCCGUGGCUGAAUCACCAACAGAACACAGACGGAGGUCUGUGACUGAGUCACCUAUAGCUGCUCCAGAAAAGGAAGAGCAAGAAGAAGUCUCCAAAGGUACGCCAUCCGGAACGUCACUUGUGGUAUAUGGGGACGGCUUAGUAGAAGAUGUGGGGGGACAGGUAGAGGAGGCUAUACCGAAAGAAGAAACUAGCGAGGAAGUAACUGAAAAACCGUCCGAAAUAGUCCUUUCGGAACAAAUACGGCCGUCCGUUUCCGAAUCACCUAAAGGUGAACUGCCCACGUCUCGCAGAGGGUCGAUGAGAAAGUUGUCUCUGAAAGAGCAAGCCCCUGAAAGACCGUCAGAUACGUCCCUUGUGGAACGAAGGCCCUCGUCUGUGGAAGUGGCAUUUGAACAUGAACUGCCCACAUCGCGCAGAGGGUCAGUGAGAAAGUUGUCUCUCAAAGAACAAGCCCCAGAACUACCGUCAGAAACGUCCCUUGUGGAACGCGGACGGCCGUCCGCGGCUGAAUCGCCAGCGGAAUACAGACGGCGCUCUGUGCCUGAAACACUUGAAGCCGCUUCAGAAGAGAAAGAACCCGAAGAAGUUCCGUCCAAAAGAACGCCAUCCGAGACGUCACUGGUAGAAUACCCGGUGGGUCUAGUAGCAGAUGUGGAGAGACAGGUAGAUGCUCUACGAAAAGAUGAAACUAGUGGCAAGGUAACCGAACAACCGCCGGAAACACUCAUCGCGGAACAUGGGGAGCACGAGGCACCCCGUAAGAAGCCUAGUGGGAAAUCUUCUUUGAAAGCACACGAGAAAGAGGGCAAGUACCCUGAAGAUAUACCACGGAAAGGUGUAGGAGCCGAAAAAGCGGAAGAAGAAGUGUUCGAGCAGUCAUCUGACACAUCACUGGUAGAGUACCCUAAAGGCACCCUGGAGAAACAAGUCGGUCCACCAGAAAAAGCAACACUAGGUGUACCGUGUGUGAAGGCAACUCAAGAAAUUUCUGACACGUCAAUGGAGGAGUUUCAUAAGGGUUCACUCGGUGAAAGCAUCCCGGAAAUAGAGAAAGCUAAGAAAUUGCCAGCCCAUGACGUUGCAGACGAGAUUCAAUUGCAGCAGGAACCUUCCGCGCCUCGAGAAGAAGACACUGAGCUUCCUCCAUUCCUUCAAAAGUCAUCCGACAUGCUACUGUCAACGGAAGGGCCCUUUGCUACGCAGGAGACACCUCCUCUUAUAGGUGAAACCUUCACAGAACCAGAACCAUCUUCCGUAUCGAAAGGGAGUCCACUUGCGAAGAAAAAAAAGUCAUUAACAACUGAAUCGCCGUCGACCGAAUCAACAAUAGAGCUAUCAGGGGCACUGCCAGCAAUUCUUCACCAAGCUCCAUCGUUGUCUGAGCCGCAACCUCAAGUAUUAGAAGAACCACAAAUAUUUGAAACCACAGUACCAGCAGGUGAGGUAGCAGAACCAGUGCUCCCCGAAACUGCACCAGUUUCACAUGGUGAAGAGCCUACUCAAGAAAGCAAAAGAGAAUCUGCACCCGAUCUAUCUCACAUAGCAGAACUGUCUGAUUUCCGUCUGGAACUUGAUUUGACCACUGUGCCAGCUGCAGGGGCUGAGCCCAAUAAAAAGCGCUCAGUCAAAGAAGUUAAAAACGUUGAAAAUACAAUCAUGACAUCGGAAACCCAGGAAGUAUUCUACUACACAACGGAGAAGGUAAUUAGGAAGCACAUCUCGGAGACAAGGGUGACAACAGAGAAACGGUCCUAUACGGAGGUCAUUGUCACACCCCGUGACAGUGAUUUUUUGCUUCCCCCAGUUGGCGAGGAUGUAGAGCUUGUACCUGCUUCUUCAGAUAAUAUGCACGAAAUUAAGAAAAUGUCCGAGAAGACAGUUACUGAUGCUGGGGGAUCGCAACAAACACAUGAAAAGACCCUUUGCAUAGAGUGCACCAGCAUGUCUGAGGUGAAAGAGUCCGAAAACAUGAGGGGAACCUGGAGGGCCAGACGUGCAAGCCUGCAAACGAACACUGAGUCCCGUGAAUUCAUUGUCGAACUAGAUAAGCCUGUGACAAUGAACAGUACGCUCGAUGCAUCAGCUGAUUUUGCUCCAACUGACUUGAAGACAACACCAAGCACACAUACUGCAGAAAGCGAAAUGUCAGAUGCUCCGCUGCAGGCAGAAGAGGUCAUUGCUGAAGGCUUGGGUGUACCUAGGCAUGAUUCUAGCCACUCGGACGUCACCUUGGGGAUAACAAUAGGGGAACGUGAUGCCUCGGAAAUGGCGGGAGAGAAUGUUACAUCGGCUUCUGACCUAGUUUCGAAAGAGCAGGAACUGAUUGCGACCAUCAAGAACAGUGCCCGUCCUUAUAAUCCCAAAAGAGGUGAUCGUGGUGAAUCGUGAAGCUACGAUCAUUUGGAAGUGAUCCCGGGGUGCUUUGAACAGACAAAAUCGCAAUAUUUACUAAAAAUAGCGACGUAAUAUCAAUUUCAAUGGAUCAUGUAGUCCCUGAAUCUGAAGUAAAAUUCGUGUUCCUGGC